AUGAUAUUAGUUCGCAAAUACAAAAUUCUAGCCAAUAAUGAAAUCGCGAUUAUUGAACAUGGAUCGUUCGAAGGUCUCAUCAAUUUAAAAAAGUUAAAUCUAGCCAAUAAUAAAAUCGCGAUUAUUGAACAUGGAUCGUUCGACGGUCUCACCAAUGUAGAAAAGUUUGACCUCAGAAACAAUACAGACAUGAUGUGUGGAUGUCAACUUCCAGCUAUGUCAAAUUAUAUAAAGAGUACAUACAAGAGAACUGUGACAAUUCUGGGCAAGUGUCACACAAAUUUAGGCUCUAAAGAUAAAUUAAUAUCUAUAAUGGAAUAUUCACAAUGUAAAGGAAAGACGUUAUUUCAAAAGAAUUUACAGUGUCAAACAUGUUCAGGGAUGACUUGCGAUUAUUUAGAAAUGAGAAGUUGUCCAGGACUACUGCCUCUCUGCCAAUAUGGGCUAUCAGUGGAUGGCAGUACAUUGAAGUUUCAAAGAUCCUGCAGCACAUACAACAACUGCCUUGAAGCUUUCAGAAACAAUUCCCUUACAUGCAAAAAUUGGUCCAAUGGCACUGCUUGUGUUGCUUGUUGCAGAGACAACUUAUGCAAUAAGAAUGAUUUCCCUGGUUGGACGCAUUCCUUUGAACUUCAUCUGAUUUAUACCGUGGACGCAUAUUCGACUUUUAAGAAAUUAACUGAAAAUGAAAAGACCACAGAAAAUGUAUCUAGAGCUGUGGAACACGAGUUAUUAACCUUGACAGGAGUAUUUAAAGUUGAAUAUUGUAGCUCGGAGAAAAGCUCAGUGGUGUUUACUCUUUACUGUACAGUCCUCAUUGGAAGUACUAAAGAUCGAGUUUUGCAAAAUAUUUACAAAAUUUUGAAUACAUCCCAAACAUUGCGUAACUCGGGAAUGAAACAAGUUAAGGUGAACUCAAAGAGUGAAAUGUUUUGUAACGAAGACACAUCAACUAACAACGGUGCAUUCAAGUGGCCAAUGACAAAAGUAGGAACUAAUGCGACGAUUCGAUGUCAUGCAAACGUAGCAACAAGACACUGUUCAUCCAGAACAAGUCCAUAUAUGACAUCAAGGAAGUGUUCGCCAUUUACCGGUGUGUGGCAAGAGCCAGACAUGUCUCAGUGUAACAAUACAGAGUGGAUCACUAGAGAACUAAAGAACAUCACCAUCAAAGGCAUUGAUGAAGAAAAUUUUGAACUUGUUUCAACAAAUUUCCUAAAUAUUUCCGAGAAAUCAGUGUAUUUCAAAAAAGAAGAUGUUGACUUGGUUGUAGAAGUACUAGAGAAAAUGGUGCCAUUGACAUGGAAUGUGUCCGUCAAUAUAACACUGAACAAUGUACUUCCUAGUAUCAAUAAUAUGAUAAACACACCGGAGAAGAUUUUAGGCGGAGAACCAUCUAAAAGAAUUGUCAACAGAAUGCUGGACAUCAUAGAAACAAUCCCAGAACAGAUUCCACUGGGAGAGCAGUCAGUCACAGCUUUAUAUUCUAAUCUUGGUAUUGGUGCUGCCAAAGUGGAGAAGGACACUUUCAACGGCCUCACUUAUGCUGUUUCAUAUGGAACCAAUGAAACAGAAGUAAGGACUGAUAUACAUCAGGACUCAGACUUACAAGUAGAUGAUACGAUGGACUUCAUUUCUUUACCAAAGAGUUUAUUAAAACAUAUGAACUGCGAAGAACUGUUAAACCUUUCAAGGAUUUCCAUGGUCUGUUUGCUGGACGAUAAGCUAUAUAGGGUACAACACAAAUCUAAUACCAAAGCAAAUACUAAAAUUAACAGCCAUAUUUUUGCUGUAAAUAUUCCUAACGUUCAUGAACCAGUUACCAAUCUUGAUGAACCAAUUAGAAUAUCACUGCAUGUAACAGAUCCGAAUGCCAUCAACCCCCAAUGUGUCUACUGGGAUGAAUCCUCUGAACAUUGGUCGACAAAAGGCUGUAAUAUGUCCCGCUAUGUACCUGGGAAGAAAGUAUUUUGUUCCUGUAACCAUCUUACAAGCUUUGCUAUACUAAUGGAUGUCUACCAGAAUGUAAAGAAUAGUCAACUCUUGUCUAUUCUUUCUAACAUUGGUUCCGGAAUAUCAUUUGUCUGUCUCAUUCUGACAGUAAUAAUUCAUGUUUAUUCAAAAACCCUAUGGAAAGUAAUGGCUUCAAAGAUUUUAGUAAAUUUGUGCAUUUCUUUAGCUGCCACUUAUCUUACCUUUCUUGCUGGGUUCAAAGCAUAUAGCACAGAAAUAACAGCUGUUUGUAAGGCAGUGGCUGCUCUGUUACACUACUUCCUUCUGACAUCUUUCAUCUGGAUGGCUGUAGAAGCACUUCAUAUUUUCCUGGGCGUCGUUGUUGUAUUCAACACAUAUCAGCCAUCUUUUAUUAAGAAGUGUUCAAUUUUGGUCUGGGGUAUUCCAGUUGUCAUUGUCAUAAUUACUCUGGCAAUUAACAACACAAACAAUUACAUCAAAAGUGAACAAGCCUGUUGGUUAUCCAGCACUGCUUUCUAUGCUGCCCUCCUGGCUCCCGUGGCGCUCAUCCUCCUCUUCAACAUUACUAUGUUUUCUCUCGUUAUGAGGAGUCUUAACUCAAUGCAAAAUGACAAAAAAUUUGAACACAAACCAAAAAAAGUACGUGUUUUUGGCAUCGUUGGAUUGUGUUUCCUGCUUGGAUUUCCCUGGCUCUUACCAUUCUUUGGUUUUGGUGAAGCUGCUGAAGUGUUUCACCUUCUUUUUACUAUCUUCACUCCCCUUCAAGGAAUGUUUAUCUUCCUAUGCUACUGUAUAUACAAAAAAGAUACCAGAGACGUCAUUUGCCUGUUCGUAUGUAAACGAAAAACAUGGGAGCUGUGGGAAGAUCCGAAGAAUAUAAAAGUAAGUCCAAGCACCAGUAAUGAAAAAGGAGAUAAAACAGCAGAAACGGACUUAUAAAUGAAAAUCAAGAAAAU